GCUUGAGCUGAGCGCAGGGUGAGUGAGAGUCCGUGAGACGCCUAUCGCAAGAGGAGUUACCUGCAGCGCACCAAGCGAAGCGCGGCACCGGGCGCAUUACCCUCCGGGUGGCUUAUGGGCGCUACCUGCUCUAGUCUUUGGUGGCACGUUUCUUCUUACCUCUCAAGCACGGGCUCCUAGCAGGCAUAUACUGGAAUAUAUGCUCGCUGGACAAGGGACACGAGGAGGCGACCGUGGGCUGGGGGUGUGUGUGCACUACACAAGGACCACCGUAAACGGGGCGAGAGCGUGCAAUGACAGUAGCUACAGGUGCUUGUCUAUGGGAUUCUGCCAUGGAACCGACAGCCAUUGCCGAUGGUGGGUUCUGUAACCUGUUAAAUAGUGAACUGGAUUUCUUAACAUAUCUAGAAACCUUUGACCAAACUGAAGAUAUUUCUGAAGAUUUUAAUCAGGAUUUGUCCAGUGUGUUUGAUGUUAUCCUGGAAGAUGAAAAUGAGGAAGAUAAUCGGAAACCUAAUACAAACGUAGUAGAAGACGCAGCACGGAUAGCUGGAAUUCUGAAGUUCUUGCAAGAUGAUGUUGAAAAAACCAUCAACCUAGAAGAUUUUUUUGCAAAGGAAGUCAAGGAUCAACAUUUGCAAGAUGAAGCAACUCCUAAACGUGGUAGAACAUGCACCAGCACAGUAACCAGAUCCAGAAGUCGUAAGCGAAAAUCAACAUCAAGUCAGACACUGAGUAAUGAAGCACAGCCAAACAGUACAGGGAAUAGUACACCUCUGGAACAAGGACUCGGGCAAAUUUCUAAAGCACCUGCAAGAAAAAGAAAACCAAACUGCCAAAGAAAAACUGCUGAACAGAAGGUCAUUGAGCAGUCCAGUAACAGUACAACACCCAAAUGCAGAAGACGGACCAGAGGCAUAAAAACGGAAUGCAAAAUGGGAUGGAAAAGGCCAACACCAAAGAGGUUGCUGCAGUGUGCACCUCAGAGAGAAUGUUCCUCCACCCUUCCAGUUGUAAAUGGUCAUUUUAUGGCCAUACCUGCUUCUGCUGGAGUUGUUUCCACACCCUCUGGACCAGUGUCUCACAUACAAGUACAACUGCCUUUAGCAAAUCUGAAGUCUUCUGGGAAGCCAACAUUUUUAACAACUGUUCCUUCUCUUGGCUCCAUCCCACAAUGCAACAGUUCUGGAGGGAUUCAGCUUUUACCAGCUUUUACUGCUGUACCCCAACAAAUUAUCAGAUUACCUGUAUCUGGGACAACGCAGAAUAUCAUAAUCGUGUCCUCACCACCUCAAGUGUCACCACCACACUCACCUCUGAUACCCAUUAGUCCACCUGACGUCACGCAGAGUCUUGGCAUCCAGGGUAUCCCACAGUCUCCAGAUAGAAAUGUACCUAUGAGUCCAAGUACACCUUCAAUCACAGAUAUGCCCAAUACCCCAGGUUCUUCUGCAGGUGUCCCAAAUGAAAGUCCAGAUGAGGUAUGUCAGAGGCAGUUGUCGGACACUGUUACUGAGAGAGAAAAAAGCACUGAAAAACCAAAGUCUGUAGAAGAGUACACCAAAAUUGUUAAGGAAUACUUGAAAGACAUCUGUGAGUACAUGACAAUGGAGUGCGAUGCAUUGUUGGAGGCGCAUUAUACUGACGUUACUCUGAUACAGGGACAGCUUGAAACCAAAACUGGAAGGACAAGCACCAAGGGUCUAGAGAAAGAAAUUGUUAUUUAUGACGAAGCAGAAAAGGAAAAGGUCACCAUUGAAAGGUGGCAGAUGUUGGACUUCAGUGGCGGUAAACCAAAAGAAACAAAAUUAGUUGCCUUGGUUGGGAGAGCAGGAAUGGGUAAAAGCAUUCUUGUUCAGAAAAUUUGUCAAGACUGGUCACAAGGAGAAUUUUCUCAGUUUGAAUUUGUUUUCUGGUUUGAGUGUAGAAGGUUAAACGGUAUCAGAAAAUCCUUCAGCUUGAAAGAUUUGCUUUUUGAAGUAUUUGCAAAACCUCAAGAAAAAACGGAGGAAGUCUUUAGGUAUGUAUUGCGAAAUCCUGAAAAGGUACUGCUGAUAUUUGAUGGUUUUGAUGAGCUUCCAGACUUGGACGGAUUUAUGAACAGUUCAGCGUGUUGUUCCUUCAGAGACUCGGGAAGCAUCAAAGAGCUAUUCGCAGGGCUUUUUCAGAAGCGAUUGCUUAAUGGUUGUGCAAUCCUCAUAACAGCAAGAACCAAAGAGGCCUUCAAUCCAUAUUUGGCUAAAGUAGAUAAGAUCGUUGAAAUUAUUGGGUUCUCCUCCCAUCAGAUUAACACUUAUAUAAGUAAAUAUUUUGCUGGAACCAAUUUCACCACUGAUGCCCUGGAACUGAUUGAAAAUAACCAGUUUGUACUGAGUUAUUGCUAUUCCCCCCUCAUCUGCAGGUUUGUGUGUUUUGUGUGUGAGUUGGUACUUAAAACAGGAGAUAGAGACUUGCCCAAAACUCUAACUGGUUUAUACUUAAUUGUGUUUCAGCAGUUAAUAAAUAGAGACAAUUCUAUUGCUUUACAGUCAAACUGUUCUUUUAUUGUUAAAUUACUUUAUCUUGCUUGGAACUCUAUUCAGAAGCAUCAGAUUGUUGUGUUCCAAAAUGACUUGGACUCCAAAGAAACAAAAGAGUUUGCCCUGGGGCAUAAGUUUCUCUUUCCAUUUCCUUUGAACAGAAGUCCUGAAAUGGAUGAAUUUGGGAAUGCAUUUGGGAGCACUGUCCUGCAGAAUUUUCUGGGAGCCUUGCAUCUCAUUAUGACACCGGAUGUUAGAGCUCAGAGUCUCAUAAAGCAGGUAACCUUUGAAAAGAAGAGAAAAAGAUGUCAGGAAGACUGGUUAGACAUGGUCCGAAGAUUUUUAUCGGGUUUGUUAUUUUUAAAUAAUAAUGACCAGUGUCUUAACUUUCUUUCAUCAAACAGCAUGGAUAGUUUAUUAAUAAGGAAAGCCAAAUCACUGUCCAACUACUUGAAAGAGUUGCAUCCAAGUGAACUAAGUCCGAGCAAGCUUCUAGAACUGUGUCAUUGUGUAUAUGAAACACAGGACGUUGAUCUAAUUGGUGACAUUGCUUCAAAAAUAGGAGAUGAGCUUUCAAUGGCUGGCACACGGUUGACUCCACCUGAUGCAUUUGUGCUAAGACAUAUUUUAGCCAAAGCAAGGAAGAAUUUAGCAAUCGAUUUGAGAAACACUGGAAUAGAUCUGCUGGGACUUGAACAGUUGGUCAGCCUGCCAAAUGUUACCUUGUUCAGGGCCCCCACAGGUGAUACUAUCAAACUCUGGCAGUCUUUGCAGCACCGUGGAGGAAAGGCACUGUUAAGAAGGUGCAUGGAGAAAUUUACAAUUAAUCCCUUAAAACUUAGGAGUAUGAAAGACGUGGAUGACCUUACUGCUUUAAUCCAGAUUCAGGAGGAAGGACAGCUGUAUCCAUGCACAAAAGAGUCCAGUUUUAAGGAGCUCCAACUCCCUGCAAUUAGAGACCUUCACAAGAUAGAGUUUGCGCUUGGCCCUGUCUCUGGAUCCCAAGGUUUUCUGAAGCUUGCAGAGCUUCUCACAUCAUUUCCAUGUCUCCAGCAUUUAGACCUUGAAGCUCUGAGUGAAAACAAAAUAGGUGACAAAGGAGUUGAAAAACUGACUGAUGUAUUUCCUAAUUUGACAGUCUUGGAAACACUAAACUUGUCUCAGAACAGUAUCACAGACAAAAGUGCGGAAAAACUUGCAAAGGCUCUGCCAUCCCUUAUAUCUCUAAAAACCCUAAGUUUGUACAGCAACUGUAUCAGCGAUGCUGGAGCUGAAUAUUUGGCAGAAACCCUCCCUGAAAUGAAGUCAUUGUCUGAAUUAGAUGUAAAAUACAAUCGUAUAACAGAUGUGGGAGCCAAGAAGUUAACAGAAAGUCUAAAGAAAUGCCCUGGAAUGAAGAGCAUUGCGUUGUGGAAUACAACAAUCCCCCAUGCUGUCCUUGAGCACCUUAAAAAGGAAGACCCUAGAAUUGAUUUACUCUGAUUCAUACCAACACUGGAAAAAACUGAAGCAGACAUGCAGUGACGCAUGGAACCGGCACUGUGGACCGAAAGACCCUGCAUUGGUUUGGUUUCCUUCAUGUUUGAAGCCUUAGCAGUGUGCUGUGAAGGGUCACAUAACUACUUCCUGUGUUAUAAGGCAGUUGUGCAGGAAGUGAUACUAGACGGAACCAGAGCUAAACGCUCACUGCUACCAGGAGCCUAAUAACUGUAUUGAAAAGAACAAAGCAUCUGCAUACAAACUACUGUUGAACAGAAGGUGAUACAAUACAAGCAGAACACAGAAGAAAUGACCACACUGAAUUGUUUUGUAGGCAUAAAAUGAGAGUAUGAAAUAGCCAAAUAUUAUUUUUUUAGAGGGGUGAAAUAAGGCUAAAUAUAUAUAUUUUUUAAUUUAUAAUUGGGUGCAAUAUGGCUAGCUACUUGGUGGUGUCAGCCAUGGUUCUAGAUGAUUUUGACUGUUAGUGACACCCCAACCCCAUGUGUAACAAUGAGGAAAAGGGGCUGUAGAUGGAUGGAUGUCUUUUACAAACAGUACAAAAUAUACCAUGGAUCACAUGGAAUUAAUGUACAUUCCAUCACGUUAUGAAAUUAGUGGAGCAUGAAAAGCUUUAAGUAGAAUUUUAAAACAUUAUACCAGUUCAAGGCAUUACAAUGAACCAUUUCAAACCAGUGUAAAAAAUGGUAGAAACACAAGGAACAACCAUAGCCAAAUUGCUGUACUUUGUAUUCCAGUCCUUAUUAACCAGUGGAUCUUUCAGCUCUGAAACAAAAUCUUCAUAUUUUUAACAUUCUCUGUAAACUCCAUUUAAGGAUUUAUUCGUAAAGUGUUAUUUAAACAAAAAGGAAUAAUCUAUGCAAGUCCCCUUGAAUGUAAAAUGGAAUCUGUAACAUUCAAUCUUAGAUUUAUAAAUGAAGCCCAUUUUGCAAUACAUUGAUAUUUGCAAACCUCUUCUUUGAGAAUUUUGAUAUGAAUUCAAAGUCCCAAGAACAGUUCUUUAUAUUAUGGAUGGUUGGGAAUGGAAGUAUUCCUGCAUCGUGGCAAAGAAAGUUUUACUUCAGAAUAAUCUGUGAUUUUCCUGCAGAAAUCUGGUCCAAAAUUCUUGCUGAGAAAUCUCCAAAGAAAACAAGCCACAACUUUGAGGAAAUGAUAUAACUUUCUGCCAGUGUCGACUAAGAUAAAAUAUGUAGGAUCAUUCUACAGACUUGAGCUGUACCACCCCACCUAACCAAAUUAGCCAUAGCACCCCACCCACCUACUUGAACCUCAGAUCUUUAUACUGGUUGUACAGUUUCAGACUGAAAAUACCAUCCCUUCCAUAUUGCCUGUUACUAAAGAGAUAACUUGAAAAAAAUAUUGCACCAGUAUGUUUGUUAAACGAACACUGAUUUUUUUACUGUAACUUUACACUAUUUAAACCACUACGUGGUAUUUUCCUUGUUUAAUAAAUGUUAUAUGUUACUUUGUUUCUUGUUUAAUAAUUGUUAUAUGUUACUUUGUUUCUUGUUUAAUAAAUGUUACUUUGUUUCUUGUUUAAUAAAUGUUGUUAUAUGUUACUUUGUAAACUUAUUUGCCCUGCAGGUCAUUCCGUUUAAUGUCUUGUAUUUCCUGUAUUUAAAUCGUAAUGCAUAGAUAUCUUACAUUAAUCAUACUUGACAUUAAUUGCACUGUUGUGUAUUUAUAGCUUAAUUCCUCUACUCAGAUGAAACCAUAUAUGGUGGAAAUAGAUUCAGUUUGAUUCAGACAUUCUGGAAUCCUUAUGCUGGCCAUCUGUACAACUUAAGCCAUAGUCCAACUGAUGUAGGACAGGAGGCCUGUAUCUGCCCCUCACUGUAUUUAAAAAAGAAGCAGAGCCUUUUACAGGUAGUAAUAAAGUAAAUUUUAUACAGCCUUACUGAAGUACACCCUCUUCCCUAAUUACUGAAAUAUGUUUUUUUAUAAUUUUAUUCAUUCGUUUUUUUUGGUAAAUAUAUUCUUUGACGCUUCCUGUCAUUUUGUACCAGCCUGAUUCAGACUGCGGACACAUUUUAAACAUGAUACAUUUUGAAGUAUCCUGAUUUAAUACCUUCAAAGAUGCCCUGCACAGAAUGCUGCCCAUUUGGUAUAGUUUUUAAUUCAUUUUACCUGUAAAGUAUCCAAGUUUAAGGCCAUUUAUAGGGUUGUGACUAUAAUUGGUUUUAUUCUUCCACAAGAGCUAUGAGUAAGAAAUGGUUCUGAGGUCCUGUGCCAGGAACAUUUGUCUUCAAUGCCAUUAGCGUCAUUAACUUUGCUCUCAUUUACACAUCUGUCUCUGUAGUUGGUGUAACAUUUCUGCAUACUCAGCAUAUCUUAGAAAGUAGCUACAAAUGUACAGCAGAAACCAAUAACAAGUAAAACUAAGGAAAGAAAAACAGCAUGAUUCUGGGUAAAAAGAGAAUCCCACAUUCAAGUAUGCCUGUAUCAAGCAUACAGAAACAUAAAGAUUUGGUUUACGUAUUAAGCUGUAUUUAAAAAAAAAAAAACAUUUUAUCUGCAUUUUGAUAUUCUGCUAAACUGAAUUAUGUAUAUAAUGGAGAUUAAUAACAAACACACGUAGUAACGUGUGGCAGUAAUGCAUUAUUGACAAUCCACUGAUGUGACUCAGAUCAGCGUAUAUGAAAUGUUUUAACACUAAAAACUCAUUCAAGCAUUGGUAGCAAUUGCAAAAGGCAGGUAGAGAGCCAAUGACUUAAGAAUAUGUACUACAUGGAAAGAGUGUAAGCAGAAGAAAUCAGAAAUCUAAAAUACAUGCAGAUUUUGCUUCCUGAGGUGUGGAAAAGUGAGCUAAAGACAUACCUAUUUUGAAGAUGCACUUGAUGUUUAUGAAUAAACAAAUUGCAUUAAAAAUUGUUUAAACCUG